AUGCAGUCUGAAGGAGCUUCCGCCGGUCGCUACUCAAGAUACCAAGGCUCGUCGUGGAAUGGACAAACGCAAUCGCUACGCCGGAUGAUGGUUUAUACCACCCGGGGUGUGACAGGAGGGCAAUGGGCAGAGCCAUCUAGGUCAGAUGGCGGCGUCUACGGCACGGGACAAGGCCGCCCUGGAGGCCAAGGGAUGAAUGCAUGGUCGCAAGGUACUACGUCGGGUGGUAACGUUCAGAAUCCAGGACAGGCCUCGGUUUCAGGACAACAACCACAAGCCAGUACGACGACGAGCGGCCUGCAGGCGACCCAAUCAACAUCGACGACACAACUUGCGCAGACACCGACACCAAAUGCCAGUCUCUACCUCGAGGGACAGAAUACUGGGGGAAAUGGAAACGGAGGGCAGCUGGCAGCAGAUGGUAGCCUCUCUCAGGCCGGAGUAGCUACUCCAGACGAUGGGCUCUAUCAUCCAGAGCACGCAAAUGCGAAUGAUCAAGGGGCACAACAAUGGACACCAAGUGACGGUCUCUAUCAUCCUGAUGGAUGGAAUCCUGGCUCGGUGACCAACCCUACAUCAACAAACUCUCGUCCUGAUGGGACGGGAACGCAGCUAUCGUCGCCGUCGCCAACCUCCAGUAUCACAAGUAAGCCGACAGCUACCAACGAUUCUUCUAGCUCAACUACGACCAAUCCAAACGCUGCUACGAAGAUUGCAGUCCCUGUUAGUGUCGGAGUCGUUGCGGCGGCAAUGGUAGGUGUUAUCCUGUGGUGGCUGUAUAGAAAGUCACAGGCUGCAAAGGCGGCAAGGAAGCGGAACAGCUCGUUGGAAGAAGGAGAUUAUAUGAAAGAUGACGGACCGUCGCUCCUCAAGAGGAGUGUGGCCGCAUUGGGCGGAUAUAGCUUGUUCAAGCCCUCCUGGAAACGGACUCGUGUCGCUAGUCAUUCAUCCAUGUGCAGCGGCGAAAGUUCAUGCAAUAAAUAUGGAGAUCACGUUGAAUGGAACGAGUCUCGUGCACCAGGUGAGGCCAACCUCUACGACCUCGAGAAGCUACAACCUGAGAAUACUGCUUCUACGGAGGUGUUGGCCCUAGAGGGCCCCCGAGACAGGGAUAUAACGAAACCAACCCCUACGCUGAGAGUUGAGACCUCCAGUAUAUCAACAUCAACACGAGUUUGCACACCGCCAUCGCUACCUGGUGUGCCCGAGGAGCCUGAGCAACAUGAAAAACAUGAAGAACCCAGUCCCCCAAUUACACCAGUCGACUCGAAGGCUGCGAUGGGAGAGGUAUUUUCGGUAGAGAUAAGUUUCACACCGGCUAAUGCCAAGCAUAUAGAGCUCAAACAGGGUCAAACUGUUACAGUCUCGAAGGUUUAUGAUGACGGUUGGGUAAGCUAA